AUGUCGUCCGAACAAGAGACGAAGAGCACCGAAGAAACCCAAAUCGGCGGAAACCUCGACGCUGCUGGCUCUGCUUCAGGCGCGGCCAACCUCGGAGCAAACGCUUCCUCCAAGAAGUCGGAAGAGAGACGAAAGCCCAAGAAGCUCGGCCAGAAAGGUCAAGCAAACGGCGAAGGCGAAGCAGACGGUCAACCGGACGAAUCUCCAACAACACCACAACCCAAGAUGGACUCGCAGGCAGCGUCGUCAGCCCGCUCCGGGUCCCGACGAGGCAGUCGCGGUCGCGGUCGAGACUCGAGUGAGCCCCCCAGUGACGCCGACAGCGCAUAUCGAAGCGACGUCUCUCAGAAAGGCGGACGACGGAACCGAAACCGGAACAGAGGCAAGGCCCAGGCCCAGACACAGGCCCAGACCCAACAACAGCAGGGAGGAAAGGGCGGCGGCCUCCUCGGCGGCGGCGGCGGGCCGCUCGAUGCGGUUGACGAGGUUGGCGACACCGUGAACGGCGUCGUCGACGGCGCCGGAAAUCUCGUCAACGACACUGUCGGCAAGACCUUGAGCAAACCCCACGAGGCCCUCGGAGGUCUGCUCCACAGCAAAGGGGGCAAGGAAGGCGAAGAGGAAGGCGGAGACGAAGGUGAAAAUGAGCAAUUGAGAUUACGACUCGACCUCAACCUCGACAUCGAGGUCCAACUCAAGGCCAAGAUCCAUGGCGAUUUGACUCUGGGCUUAUUGAACUAG